ACAUACAUGCUGCAGACCUGCUUACUAGACCAUACAACUGCGAAGAAGAACCCAAAACAGCGAGAAGCCUAAGGCGAUUUCCUAAACUGGAUACUUAAACGGAUUUCUCCUGAAGUGCCGUCUGCUGCACAGGUCAUUGCUUGCACCCUCAUCACUGUGUCUUUUUUUUACUAUUACUGAAAAGAGUCUUCCUGAGGCUGAUCCGGGAUUGUUCCUGCUCACAUCUUGGAUAUACUACACCUGACUAUUCACCGAGAGCUUCCAGGAUGGAAGUUACACACCCUGAAAACACAUUGUAACUACUAUAACUAUAAGGAGGGAAAGCUCACAAGGAACCUUAUUUGCCUAAGAUGUUAAUAUUUAUUCAUUUGCUGUGAGUUUACGUUAUCCGAAUGUCCUAGGCUGGCCGGUCAAUGGGGGAGGCAGCCAGUGUGCUUGUAGACUUGUAAGAAGGUGAGUCAGUCACUUUCAGGAGAGCCUGGUCGGUGUCACCUAAAGGGUCACUGUCUCGCCUAUCUGGGGACUUGGCUGUCACUUUGCUGCCGCUGGCUAUUUGGGAUCCACAACUGGACAAUGCUGCUGUCAUCCGCAGGGUACAUCAUGCUGCUUAUCUUGGGUAUUUUUUUAGCUGCCUGCCACGCAUUGGAAAACACAACAGCUGAAAUUACAGUUACAGAUCCUCCAGUUGCAGCUGCUGUGAGGUCUCACUUUCUGGAUUGCCCAGAUGCCCACAUGAAUUUCUGUUUUCAUGGAACUUGUAGGUAUCUAGUGCAAGAAGAAGAACCAGCCUGCGUAUGUCUUCCAGGCUUCGCUGGCAAACGCUGUGAGCAUGCCGACCUCCUGGCGGUUGUGGCAGCAAGUCAGAAGAAAAACACCAUCACAGCACUAGUGGCAGUGUACGACAUACAGUUAAUGGCCAAUCCUAAGACACAGAGAACCCCUUUAAUUUGGCCAAUUCAGAAAAUAGUUACAGUUGUUGCAGCUGGAAGAAGCACCGCGAGUGGUGUCGAUCAGUUAUGUGUCAGCAGGAGAAACCAGAUGGACUCUUCAAAGGGGGAGCGUCCUGCUGCAAGUCAGAGACAGUGGUCUGAGAAGGAUCUGCAGAAGACAAGGGUAUUCCCCAGCUAUGGAGCAACCUUCCUGACCCAUCCUGCUCAAUUCACAUCUCAGACUACAGCUGGGACACAUACUCUUAAUGGGGCACAUGCUGGGAUCCACGAUCCCUCCCAAAGACAAGGGAACUGUAGCCAAUGUGUCUUGUAUAAUGUGAAGCAGUGGAGAAGGGAAACGGACAACACUUCACACUGGAAAUUGAGAUAUAUUUGGAUUCCGUGCACUGUACGGGGAUCAUGGAGUGUGUCCAGCAUUGGAAAGACUGACGCUACAAGUGUUGAACCUGUUUUGUUACAACAAGCAUCUACUAUGGGCCAGAUUCAUACUUUAAUUCUAACACUGCCAGAUGGGUCUUCCAUGUAUAAGUCAGUGAGUUAUAGGCCCAUCUGUUGGUAAGACAUUGAUACAUACUUUUCUAUUAUUUUGACACUCCGAAAAGUGUUGCUUCUAACGGAACAUUCUCCUAUAUACCAUGCUGCUGGCAUUUCAGUAUAUUCAUAGAUUUAUAUCUUGGGACAGCUGGGUGAUAUCCACGGGAAUAGAAAUUUUGAGUCGAUUUGUUGUCACAUUCAAACUUGAGGAGAAGAAAGCUAUUUUUGUAUAUUUAAAGAGCAAAUUACCUACACAGUGCAUUAGUAUUAAACUUCUUUAAUCUAUUGUGUUCGGUCUAGUAAAACUCAAGAGAAAACUCACAUGAGCAUUCAAACUUUUCUGCUAAUUUUCUUUGGCCAAUUGUAGGACCUGCCUUUGUCCAAAAAGUCCAUUUUAACCAAUACUCGAUGACCAGUUGGAAUGUUCUUAUAGGAUAUUAGUUUGUGAGUCAGAUGUAGUACAGCUCAUUCAUCAUAUAUUAAUGCAGCACUCUGAAUGGAUUGGAUUGUGGGCAUUGAUCCAAUGGACUCUCCCUUUAUCAGUUCUUGUAUUGUCUCAUUGUUUACUUUUUUCAAUCUCUCUGGAAUAGCACGUAUAGAGGGAAGAAUUACCAUGUGUCCUAAUUAUUGGCUUCCACUGUAGACACUGGUGAGAACGUGAGUCACUAUGAGAGAGGGUUUCGAUCUCACAACCCCACGUCUGGAGACUUAGAAAAACAGCUGUGCAUGGCAUCAGACUGACCCGGUCUACAUUCCUAAGCUCAGCCCAUACCUGAGGUUCCAAGAAGAUGAUAUGUGAUUGCCGAUAUGUCAUGUUCAUUGCUGUAAAGCAGGUUUUAGCAUGUGUUGAAUAGUCAGGUGGUAUACGUAGCCUUUUUUCAGCUUUAAAGAAAAAUAUUCAUUUUGUGCAAAUUUUUUAUUUUUUUUUUCUAGUGUAAACAUGGUAGUUUGGAAGUGCUGUGAACUAGAAGUACUUUCAUGAUGGAAUGGCAACUCUGUCUGAGAAUAAAUAGACAGGGUUCCACCACCAAAAAAACACUUAUGGGGACACUAAAAAAUUUUACAAGAAAAAGUACUGCGCUCUCAGUUUUGCAGCAUUUUACAGAUGAUCCUUAAAGCCUUCCUGUCAUAUCACAGAAAAAAAAUUAUUCUUCUUUAUAUUACUCACUAGGUCAUGCAGAUGCUUUAUAUGUCUUUUUUAUAUGUCUAGUUUCUGUAUUUGGCUCACAAAUCCUUCCAUUCUGCAGCUCACUCAUUCUGACAUCCACUGCUCAGGAAGUAGUCCGAGGCAAGCACUGAGCCUGCCCCUACUCACCAUGCAUUCACUUUCAUCCUGAGUCUACUGUGCUGUUCUGGGUCUCUUCAUCCAAUCUUUACAGGUUGUUCUGUAACCCCUUUUCUUUGUUUUCAGACAGCAGUCUGAUAAACAUGACAGGAGUAAGCAGGGGUAAUUGGUAGUCCAGCCCCCAUUUACUGGACUUUGUCCCAGCCUGUGAUUCAGCUGGGACAAAGAUAAUGCUGCAGGGGGACAUGAUUGGGUUCUGGAUGGUAUGGGGACCCCUAGUGAUCUUUUUUUUUUUUUUUAUAUAAGUUAUGAUAUCUAUGAAAAGAAGGUGCAAGAAGUUUAUUAGAAAGGUUAAUGUUUUGCCAAAAUGUAGAACAUGUCCAUUUGAAGUGUACCUGCCAUUAACAAAAACUUUCUCUCACAUGUAGAUAAUACUAUUAUAUGUAUAUUUGGUUUAAAAAAUUAUAUAAUUUUGUCCCUACAGUUAUUAUCUGUGCAUCUCUCUGAGGAGACCAAAUACAGGAACUGUGGGUGGACAAGCAGGGCUCUGUACACUGAGGACAAGAGGACAAGCAGGGCUCUGUGCAAUGAGGCUCUGUGACACACUCCUGACUCAUAUAUCAGGAUGAUUGACAAGCCAGGAACCUGCACAGAGCCCUGCUUGUCCUGCCCUCAGCUGCAGGGAAAACCCAAAAAUAUUUUAAAAAAAGGAAUCAAUGUAUAUUACAAAUAUACAUAAAAUGGUAUUAUCUACAUUAUAUCAAAAUUUUUGGUUAACGACAGGUACACUUUAAGCAAACAAUCUAUACAUAUAAAUCCUGAAUGGACGUCAGGUGUAAUCUCCUGCUGAUCCAUCUGUGGCUGGUGUUCUACUGAGCAGGUGGGAAUAAGCCAGGGGGCACACCCUAACUAUCAUUUUCUCUUACUACUGACAGGACAAUGGGGGGGAGGCUCCUGCUGCAGCCAAUUGUCUUAUUGUUAGACACCAGACAAUAAGGAGAACCGAGACAAUGGAUGAUCUCCUGGGGUACACAGAGAAGAUCCCUUUAUAUGUUUAUCAGAUUUAGUUGUAAUAAGAGACAAAUAGAAUAAAAAAGGAAGAUAUUCAAGGAAGACUAGUUGGGAUCAUUUUUUCUUCUGUAUUUUUAUUCUCCUAUAAGUUGACAAAAGUUGUCAUAUUCCACUUACAUUAACAAAAAGACAAUAGAUUUCCUUUGCAGUUUAGUGCACCUUAUGGGGCACUGGAUGGCUAUAAGAGUGGUCAUAGAUAUCAAAUAGAAAAAGUAAAUAUACUGCAAUGUUUGAUGUGACUUUACAUUGAAUUCUAGGAAGAGCCACCUAAUUCACAAGCAGAAUACUUCCCGAAACUGAGAUUUUUUUAUUCCACCCUAUAGCCCCUUGACUUAACGUCUGAAAGCAACUAUUGCUUGUACUAUGACUUCCCAGCUGUACAAUGACCAAUGUGUUAGGUCAUUACUAUAUCUACAAAACACCAAAUUUGGCUGUGCAUGUCCUAUAGAUGAGUCCAUAAGACUCUUUCAGAUUCCAAAGAGACUUAAGAAGAAGGGUUUUGCCAUCUCAAGGAGGUCUUUCACAUUGCUCUUAUCAGGAACAAGUCAAGUGGUGUUGAGUGGUUCUCCAUACAUCAAUUUCAUCAUUGCAUGUGUCCAUUAAUUGCACAUUGCAUGGAUGGCAUAAAAGGAGAGCAAGACAGCCUGGCCAGGGGCGCUGAACACAUGGUCUCACAGCUCUGAAUGCCAAAUUUAUAGUUGACCCUGGAGCCAAGAUUGACAUAUCAUUAGGUUUCAUAGAUCAAUACUUGUGGAUUGAGGUUUCUACUAUGGCAUAAUGUUAGUUGUGUUAAGUAGUUGCUCAUAAAUUGAGAAGAAGAUGAAAAAAAAGAUAAAAAAUGAGUUAGAAAGUGGGAAUCUUUUUUUUUUCCUGUAAAACGAUGUUGAAGGCCUAAACCUGAUCCAUUUUAGGUUCAAAGGGAACUAUUCAUUCAGUACAUAGAACUCUGCUACCAUACACUUAUAAUUGCACUAGCCUUUGUUAUAUAAGGUAGAAUUAAAACAUUAGGACUAUUGGUUGUUUCUUUUAGGCCCAUUUUUUGUCAUCAGAGGGUAAAGCAGUGGUCUCCAACUGUGGCCCUCUACCUGUUGAAAAACUACAACUCCUAACAUGCCCGGACAGCCGUUGGCUGGAGGGGCGCAAUUUACAAUGGCUGGAGGGGCGCAAAAUUUGGUAUAAUAGCUAACUAGUAUAGUUAAAUGGUUAAGUGGAGCCUUCCAUAAAGUCUCAUUAAAGAUACAUUACAUGACACAAUAGCGCAGCAUGCAAUGCUUUUUUGUCUGCUGAAAUACCUGACACCAUGGGGGAAACCCAAUGGAUCUCAUUAAAGCCAAUGGAGUCCAAAGCCAAGUCUGCUUUUUUUUUUUUUUUUUUUUGUUUCUUACACGACACAACAUAUAAAUCUCCUUAGCAU